UGCACGUAGUCACGAAUACUUUUACUCGGCGCUUUUAAUCCAUGCCGUACAGUGCUCAUAUCACUUAACCGUUCGUCACCUACGCGUGGACUGCUGCUGUUGUUUUUCUUCCACUUUUAUAAUAUUAUUUAAUAUAUUAUACUGCGACCGAUCCGUACCCGAUGGCCACAUCGUCAUCGUUUGCGCAAAUAUGGUCGGGUGUGCAAGUCGAUUACGACGAGAGCAAGCGGACGGCUGACACACUCCAUUCGCCGCCCACGCCGAUAGUCCGUCGGCCGUCAAAGUCAAAGAUUUAUUCACAGCAUAAGGGGUACAAAUUGGAAAUCGUGUGGCGCAACGUAAUCAGCUUUAUCAUAUUGCACUUGAUUGCCUUCACUGGAUUUUACCUAAUAUUCUCGGGACACAUCAAAAUAAAAACCAUGCUAUUCUUUUUUUUUGUGGGAUCAUGUGGCGCUUUGGGCAUAACUGUUGGAGCCCACCGCCUAUGGGCCCACCGGUGUUACAAUGCACGUCUGCCGAUGCGAGUGUUGCUGGCUGUGUUCCAGACGCUGGCGUUCCAGAACCAUAUAUAUGAAUGGGUCCGAGAUCAUCGGGCUCACCACAAAUUCACCGACACGGAUGCCGACCCACACAACUCGAUUCGGGGAUUUUUCUUCUCGCACAUGGGCUGGUUGAUGGUCCGCAAACACCCGGACGUAACUGCUAAGGGUUGUACAAUCGAUAUGAAAGACUUGGAAGCCGACCCGGUGGUCAUGUGGCAGAAAAAGCAUUAUUUAUGGCUAGUUCUCGUGAUAACGUUCCUGAUACCAUCUUUAAUCCCAUACUGGUUUUGGCAAGAGCGUUUUUGGUAUUCGUUCAUUGUAGUCGGUGUCACACGUUACGUGGUAUCGUUACAUUGCACGUGGCUAGUUAACAGCGCCGCUCAUAUAUGGGGCCUAAAGCCGUACGAUAAGAACAUCACACCCACCGAGAACCCUACUGUGGCAUUUUUGGCGUACGGUGAAGGAUGGCACAAUUACCAUCACGCGUUCCCGUGGGACUACAAAGCGGCCGAGCUAGGCAAUUACCGGCUAAACUUCAGCACGGCGUUCAUCGACGUGUGCGCCCGACUUGGUCUAGCGUACAAUCUUAAAACAGCCAACGCCAGUCUGGUGGAGAAACGGUCGCGCAGGACGGGCGAUGGUACCAAGCAACACCAUCACCAAAACCACAAUCACCACCACGUGGAAGGUGGCGUUUGGGGAUGGGGCGACGAAGACAUGGCCGAAGACGACAAACGUGUCAUGCAAGUGAUCGGCUAACCACAGCAGACUUCCUGUCAACGAGACUUAUUUUUAUAUUUUUAGUUGUAUAUGUACGUACAUAUUCCUCCGAAAUCAUGUGCACACCCUAUCGAUAUAUUAUUAUAUACUAUUUACAUGUUGGUGUAUCGUACUAAUUAUACUCUUCGAUACAACGUCCUCCUAAUUAUUACGGUUUAAUUUAAUCUUCUUUAUUUUUUGUUUAUGCACUAAACGUAUAUACAUCAUAUAAACUAGCAUUAUUGUAU